UUUUUGAACAAUCAAGUUUUUACGUUAAGGUUCCAACUUACAGGUAAAACGUGUCUGUUGAUCGUUUUUAGUAAGGAUCAAUUUCCUGACGUCUACGUGCCAACUGUUUUUGAGAAUUAUGUGGCCGAUAUUGAAGUUGAUGGAAAGCAGGUAGAGCUAGCUCUGUGGGAUACAGCAGGACAAGAGGAUUACGACAGACUUCGACCACUGAGUUAUCCUGAUACGGAUGUCAUCUUGAUGUGCUUCAGCAUUGAUUCACCGGAUUCACUUGAGAAUAUCCCUGAAAAAUGGACACCCGAGGUUCGUCAUUUUUGUCCAAAUGUGCCGAUAAUAUUGGUUGGCAAUAAGAAGGAUUUACGGAAUGAUCCACAAACGAUUAACGAACUGAAAAAGAUGAAGCAAGAACCGGUACGUCAAGAACAGGGGCGAGCGAUGGCCGAACAGAUAGGCGCGUUUGCUUACUUGGAAUGCUCUGCAAAGGCGAAGGAUGUAAGUGCCGAAAGCAUACUUUGA